AGCCGUCGGAGGGAGAGCACGAGCGGGACACGCGCAGGAACGGAGACAGAGACGCGGCGGAGAACACGAGCGGGAGUCCACACUUCAGGAAGGAUGAGGGCGUACGUGGCAGUCCUCCUGGUGACCUUGGUGGGCGUGGCCUCAGCGAACCCGAAGCCCCUCUCGGCACUGCACAAGAGAGAAGCCCCGGCGCCAGUGGCUCCCGAGGACCAGGUGUUGGUCCGAGAAAAACGCCAAGAGGAACCAGCAACAAAUCCAGACCUAUGUGACUUCGGGUCGAGUCCUGACGUGUCGCUCUGCGAUUGGUCCAACCUGAACGUGACGCAGCUCCAGUGGCAGCCGUCGCAGGGGCAGAGCGCCUUCUGGCUGGGCGGACCGCAGGAGGAUGUGUCCUACGGCGAUGAUCUGGGCGGGUACGCGGUGUUCGAGACGUCGCAGAUCCCGCAGAAGACGAUCGGCGGAAGCAACUUCGAGUCGGCGAUGCUGAUGUCGGCGAUCAGACCCACCACAGGACCCAAGGGAAUGUGCGUCAAAUUCUGGUACUCGAUCGGCGGCCUGAGUCCCGACCGCCUCCGGGUCCUCCUCCACCCGAUGCCCGACGACAUGACCAAGGACGACAUGGACGAGAUGAUGAUGGGCUACGACGGGAGCGACGACGUGGUGCUGUGGGAGGCGCGCGACAUGACCAUGGGCGACUGGAAGGAGGGCCAGGUCGUCUACACCUUCGACCAGAGGCACUCGGUGAUCUUCGAGGGCAUCCCCGUGGACAGCAACGACCUGAGCAGGAGGUUCCGGGGCUUCAUCGCCAUCGACGAGCUCUCCUUCGCCGAUUCGAGCGAGUGCGGCGCCUUCUGCACGUUCGAGGGCGGCAUCUGCGGCUGGACGCAGGACUCCAAGGACGACUUCGACUGGACGCAGAGCCGCGGCAGCCUGAACCCUUCGACGGCGCCGAGGGACCGCUCCUCCUUCGCCAACAACGGCAUGAUGGGAGGGUACGCCUUCAUCGACUCCAGCUACCCGAGGAGGCCCGGAGACAAGGCGCGACUCAUGAGCCAGGAGUUCCAAGGCACCAACCCGGACAGCCCCCUGUGCAUGCGUUUCUGGACACACAUGUUCGGCAACGGCAUCGGCUCCCUUAGGGUCAUCAUCUUCGACGUGAACACCGACGAAGACAAGGUUAUCUGGCAGAUCUCUGGUGAGGCUGGGAAUGCGUGGUACCAAGGCCAGGUACCCAUUGCCUCCCCUUCGCCCUUCAAGAUCGUGUUCGAGGGCGUGGUGGGCGCCAAUAACUUGGGGGACAUCGCUAUCGACGACAUUUCCAUCAUCCAGGGCGCUUGUCCGAGUGCACCCCAAGUGGCAGCCGGAAACAACGGCGACUGCACCUUCGAAGUGGACGAGUGCGGAUGGACGAACCCGGGCCCGAGGGAGCGCGCGGACGAGAUCGACUGGGUGCGGACGGUCGCUGCGGACAAUCGGGCUCCGUCACGUGACCACACCAUCGGCACGGCGCAAGGGUUCUACAUGACGCUCCCCCGGGGGUCUGUGCAGCGCGGGGGUGACCGGGCCUGGUUCGUGUCCACCACCAUCAAGGGAUCGUCGGACCCCAUGUGCAUCGCCUUCUGGUACUUCAUGUAUGAGCCCUUCAUCGAUCCUUCGGGGCCAUCUCUCGGUUCCUUGAUGGUCUACAUCAGCUUCGAGAAGGACGGGACCUCGGUUCUGGAACCCGUGUGGGCGCUGAAGAACCACCAGGGACCCAACUGGAUGUACGGCCAGGCCAGAGUGCAGAAUGACGACGACUUCUUGGUGGCGUUCGAGGGCACGUGGGGCAGCAGUCGAGGCAACGGCUUCAUGGCCCUCGAUGACAUCACGCUCUUCACCGGCGACUGCUCCACGAUGCCGGAGAAGGCCAUGACGUCGAAGGCCGACUGCGACUUCCAGCGCGACGCCUGCCAGUGGAAGAACACGACCACGGACUCGGACUUCCGCUGGACCACCGCCUCGAUCUCGCGCCGCCCGGCCAACCUGCCCGACCACACCUUCGGGGGCCCGAUCGGCUACGCCUACUUCGACGUGUUCAACCAGGCCGCCCGCCCCCAGAGCCUCACCUUCACCUCGCCACCCAUGGACAAGUCAGAAGACGGCACGCCCAUCUGUCUCACCUUCUGGUACGCCUACUUCGGCGCCAGCGAGAGCACGAAGCUCAAGAUCAGCAGGGAGGUGUACGACAAGAACGCUGAGGAAGGAGAAGACGGAGGAGACGCUGAGGAGAUCUGGUCUCUGGACGCGGCCAACAUCGGCACGCAGCGCCCCGAGUGGCAGUUCGGGCAAGUGCAGGUCAACACAGACACCGAUUUCCGCGUCAGCAUCAUCGGCAUGGCCAGCAAUGGGGGCUUUGCCAUCGACGAUAUCAAGACGUAUGGCGGAGGAUGCAGACUACGACCUGAGGAUGCUGUUUCAAACGGCGAGGAGACUACGACACCAUAAAGCUCAAGGAAACACACAAAGAUUAGGUAGAUUAAGAAUACAUAAAAUUUGAUGAGAGAAAGAGAGAAACCUCUGGAAAUCUGCCAAACUUGUUGGGCGAUAUCUAGUGUGGUUUCUAUGAGGAAGAUUUGAUUAAGAAAUGGUAAAGAGGUUGUCUAUCAAUUCUUUAUUAUUUCAAUUUAGGUUAUUAUGGUAUGUAACUCUCUUUUUAGCCUUCAAUGAAAAUCUGUUUGAUAAAAGGUAACUACCAAAGAAUGUUUGUCUUACAGUGCUUAAUGUUAUAACUUUACUAUCACCUGAGAAACUAUCUGUUUUAGGUUAGGUUGAUAUCAAAUUCCAUGAUGAAAAAUAUAAUUAACUGUGUAGUUUUCAAAUAUCUACGUAUUUAAACAAAAUUACUACAUCCAAUUUUUUAAGAGAUGUAAUGCCAUUUAUAGGUUAAAUUACUGUCAAAAUGGUAAUGAUAGAAAGUAUACAUUCUCUUCUCUUUUACAUACAUGAAAUAUUUCCUUUGCUACCGAGGGUAUGGUGAUGUCUGGGUACAAAUUAUCCUUAUUCUUAUACUCUUUUCACUUAUACUUGUGACUUCGAAUACUUGUCCUAUUAACGUUUAAGAUGAAGAAAUACCAAACGAUAUUUUUUAUUUCUCAUUAUUUCAUAUCUUUUCUCUCGAGUGUAUUUUUUUUUUAUUUGUGUGUGCAUUUCAUAGAGAUUCUUUAUUCAUUUUUCACUUCAGAAUUGAUUGAGAUAUACUUAUGGACACGAUGUUUUUUAUAUAAAUAUAUUUACUUAGGAUGCAAUUUAGAUCUCGUUUCAUAGAUUUAUUCACAUUUUAUUGUCUUUUUGCUAUAAUUAGAUUUAAGUAAGCAUGCAUCUUAAGUUGAAUAUUAGCGAGGACACAUUUAUACAUAUAUUUCAGAGACAAACACAUUUAUGAAUAUGAUUAACACACAUACACAUAUGGGAUGUAUUUUAAAUGUAAACCACAGUUUAUGUGAAGGUGUUAACACUUUUGUCAUAAUCAUAUUACAAUCACUAGAAUAUACAUUUGCAUUUGCGAAUAAAGUUUCUUAUAAGUACAUAACAUUGUAAUAUGCUUAUGACAUGAACGUUUUGCUUUAAUGAUCUCUAACAAGUGCAUUAUACAAACAAAAAUUGUCACAAAUGAAUAAAAAUUACUUUGAAAAAAAAUUAUUUAUCUGCUAAGGUUUUUUACUCGCUGAUAUAGCAAUAACAGUGGCCCUGAAUAAGGACUUCUGCUGAUUUUCAAAACAGUUGCCUUAUAUAGAAUGCUGAGUGACUGCUCGGAAAAAGCAUACUACGCCUUACAUGAAGUGCAACUUAGUAAAUAUUGUAUGAUAGUUGUAAGUUGAUACAGUUGUAUUUGUCACCUGUGUACUACUGAGAAUAAUAAUCACUAGUCUAUACACAA